CCUUGAAACCAUCAAGGCAGAGCAGGCGUCGAACCUAGGGAAUUCCAAUGAAGAUGAGCAGAGCCUGAAGGACACUCUGGCGGCGUACAGAACCGCUGCAGAAGCGGCAGCGCGGAUUCAGGGAGCGUUCAGGGAGCACGAGCUGAAAGUUAGGUCAAGCGCAGUUAGGUUUGCUAGCAAGGAAGAAGAAGCGAAAAACAUAAUAGCCGCGAUGAAGAUUCAGCACGCGUUUCGCAAUUUUGAGGUUCGUAGGAAGAUUGCAGCCGCUGCUCGGAUUCAGUACAGGUUCCAAACAUGGAAAAUGAGGCGGGAGUUUCUGAACAUGCGUAAAAAGGCAAUUAGGAUCCAGGCUGCGUUCAGAGGGUUCCAAGUAAGAAGGCAGUACCAGAAAAUAACAUGGUCGGUGGGAGUUCUUGAGAAGGCGAUUCUGAGGUGGAGACUGAAGAGAAAAGGAUUCAGAGGGCUUCAGGUUAGCCAACCUGAGGAGAAAGAAGGGGGUGAGGAGGUGGAGGAUUUCUACAAGACAAGCCAGAAACAAGCAGAGGAACGGCUGGAGAGGUCAGUGGUUAAAGUCCAGGCCAUGUUCCGGUCCAAGAAGGCUCAGCAAGAUUACAGAAGGAUGAAACUGGCUCAUGAAGAAGCUCAGCUGGAGUAUGAUGGGAUGCAAGAACUUGAUCAAAUGGCUAUGGAGGAGAGCUGAAUGCAACAACAAUGAAGAGGAGGUGGGUGCAGUGUGGUGGAACUGUAAAUUUGUGUAAAUGACGAGGGGCAAUUUCGACCUAAUAGAAGCUGUUUUCAUAAAAGUUUCAAAGGGUAUUAUGGUAAAUCGAGCCUGGAGCUGGGAGAUCUUCCAUAGAGCGUCUUGUCGUUAGUAUUUUUCUUUUGCUUUGGGGGAUUGUGAAGUAGUAAGUCUUGUAUUGCUGCUGUGUUCUGUGACUUUUGUGAGAUUUGACGCUAAAAAGCUAAAACGUUUUUUAGUUUGUCUAUUAAAUUCUCUCCUUCUUACUGUUUUCUAUCUUGGAUUUCUGACUUAUAAUAAAAUAUAGUAUUUCAAUUA